GCAAAAUAGUAAAAUGUUAAAACAAUUCGUAAUUGCCAAAGCGAAACGAUCUAUCAAAGAUGCAUUAUUAUUUGCAUAUCCGAAAGUUAAACUUAAGAUAAAUCAAGGAACAAUCAAAGGAUGCAGAGAAAAGCUUCCAAAUGGAAAGAAUUUCUAUAGAUUUUCUGGUAUUCCCUAUGCACAGAGUCCAAAAGGUCAACUUCGUUUCAAAUCGCCUCAAAAGUUGAUAAAAUUUGACUCAAGUGUGCUGGAUUGUACAAGAGAAGGUGAUCCCUGCUUUCACAAAUCCACUGUGACUAAAAAACUUGUAGGAUCUGAGGAUUGUCUUCAUGUUAAUGUGUAUGCACCAGCUGAUGCGCCACGUAAACUUCCAGUAAUGGUUUACAUUCAUGGCGGAGGCUUAGCAUUUGAUUCGAACAGUGCUGAUUUCUACUCACCAGAGUAUCUUUUAAUGGAGGACGUUGUAGUAGUAACAGUUAACUACCGAUUACAUGCACUAGGAUUUUUAUCACUUCCAAGUAUGGGAAUAUCAGGAAAUGCAGGAUUAAAGGAUCAACAAAUGGCUCUUGAAUGGGUUUAUGAGAACAUAUCCCAUUUUAAUGGUGAUCCUGACAACAUUUGUUUGUUCGGUGAGAGCGCAGGAGGCUCAAGUGUCUAUCUACAUACACUCAAUUCAAAGUCACGAAAGUUUAUUAAAAGUGCAAUUUGUCAAAGUGGAACAAUAAUCGAUCCAUGGCUAUUUAAUAAGAAUGGAGUUGAUUCAACACGAACAUUAGGAAAAUUAGUAGGUGCCAAAAGUGAAAGUGAUAAAGAUAUUUACGAGGCAUUAAUGAGUGCAAAGCCUAAUGCAUUCUGGAGUAAUAUGCUAAAAAUUAAAAAUCCAGAUGAUGUCAGACGAGGACUUCCAUUUGUAUUUAAAGCUAUUGUAGAAGAAGAAAAUGAGGAUGCAUUUAUAACAAAGCCACCACUGGAACUGAUUAAAAGUCAAGCUGGUCAAGUUAAGAUUCCUAUGAUGUAUGGAUUUACUAGCGGUGAUGGAAUGACGAUGACAAAUUUCUUUAAAAGAAACCUUAAAGCGUUUGAUGAUGAUAAAGUUAAAAUGAUUCCAUUUACUGUAAAUAUCGAUCCAAUGAGUGAUGAAGCAAAAGCCCUUGGAGAUCAAAUCAGCCACUUUUAUUUUGGAAGUGAAGGAAUCAGCAAAGAAAAAAUGCAGGAAUUCAUUACAUUAAAAUCUGAUAAUUAUUUCGUCAUCCCACAAACUAUACAUGCAAAGCUUAACAAACUUCAUCAUCCUGAAAUUACGCAGUACCUGUACGAAUUUGAUUUUGAUGGAAAAUUGAACUUCUUAAAGAAAGUUUUGCAGAUGGAACAAUAUAAAGGUGCAUGUCAUUUUGACGAUUUGGCAUACUUAUUCAAACACCAAAUUAUUGAUGUACCUGUGAGCGAAAAUUCACGUGAAUAUAAAAUGAGGGAACGAAUGUGUAAGCUCUGGACCAAUUUUGCGAAAUAUGGAAAUCCAACUCCAAAAGAUAAUAAUCCUUUGGAGAUUUUGUGGGAUCCAGUUAAUCCGAAUAAUGAUGACUUGAACUAUAUGAUUUUAUCAGAAAAUCCUAAUAUGGUUAAAAACAUUCAUCAAGAUAGAAUUCAAUUCUGGACUAAUAUAUAUGAAAAAUAUAAUGGAUCACUCCUUAACCCUCAUUUUUAAGGGAUAUUAAUGAAUUAUUGACAAUCAGAUAGACUAAUUAAUUUGGUAUUAUUGAUAUUGAUAUUGUAGCUUAAUUGGAGA